GCUUCCAUAAAAUCGUCACUAGUCCUAUUAUUCAAAUUCUGCACAAUCGGAAUAGAGCAAUUGGCGUCAGUAUCUGUGCGAUCUACUGAAUAAGUAGCCUCACCGAUUUUCACGAGCGAUUCAUUUGUGUAUAGCAGCAACAAAAUGUCGACGAAUGUUCUCAGUUUUGAUAACCCGUUGUUCGGGAAGUUUGCCUUUAGUUCUGGUGUUGUACUUGGUAAAACAUUAUUAAUGAGUGCAUUGACUGUCCGGUCAAGACUAACCAACAAGGUCUUUGCAAAUCCCGAGGAUACUGCGAAGUUUGGAGGUGUAGAACCAACAGUCAGUGACCAGAGAGUGGAAAGGAUACGGAGAUGCCAUCAAAAUGACAUCGAGAACGUUUUCUCCUUUGUUUUGGUGGGAUCAUUUUACCUCGUGACCGACCCGGAUCCGUGGUUUGCCACCUUGCUGUUCCGGACCUUCGUCCUGUCCCGUUGCCUUCACACUGUAUGCUAUUUGGCGCCGCUUCCUCAGCCCUCACGUUUUGUGACCUGCCUGACGGGUUGGGGGGUAACUGCUCUCAUGACAGUCGCCGUCAUCCGCGCCGGAAGUUUCUAAAUUAUGUAAUCCAAUGACGUUUGAAAAAAGUGACUCCCGAAGAAUCUCCACACAUGCCCGUAUUAUACAUUAUAUACUAGUAUUAUGUAUAUUGUAUUUGAUGCAGAUGAUAUGGCCUUACAUGAUUUGUUUGCAACAAAAACUUUUUACAUAAGUGUAUACUACUUGUUCAUGUUUGAAACGUAAACUAACUAAAUAAAGAUGAUUUCAAAAUAAAA